UGAUAGGAUUCUUAAAGAAAUAACCCUCCCCAUCUUUGCAAGUGUAGACCGUGACCGGACCAUUUUCUGUUAUGCUUAUGGCUUCUGAGUUUCACCCAUCAUAACUAAUCUUUUGGCUGUAAGAUAAAGCACUCAAGCGGAGGUAACGGGUCUUAAACAUGAACCGGGUGAAGAGGACUGCGUUGAGCGCGAUACUGCCGCUGCUUCUUUUUAUUUUGUGCACUACAAAGACGAAAGCAGCCAAUCUGAUUGAUGUAUUACGGGUACUGGAGCUGUCAGAAGACAUGGAGGGAGUGUCGAUAGAGGCCGGUCUGUGCACUGAGAGAAAGGACAUGGCCAAAAUCGACAAGGCGUUCAGGAUAGACAAAAAGAUUCAACUCAGUGCCUCAACUAAACAGCUCUAUUCAGGCUCUGUGUUUCCUGAGAACUUCUCUCUGAUGACCACAGUGAAGGCUAAGAAGAACUCUCAGUUCUUCCUGCUGUCUCUGUAUGAUGAGCAGGGAGUUCAGCAGCUGGGGCUCGAGGUGGGCCGGUCACCUGUAUUCCUCUAUGAAGACCACCAAGGCCAUCCCUCCCCAGAUCUCUACCCCAUUUUUAAGAAAAUCAACAUGGCUGAUGGGAAAUGGCAUCGGAUAGCCUACAGUGUGGAGGGCAAGUCUGUUACACUGUACCUGGACUGUAAGAAGGUACAGACACUGGAACUGAUGCGUGGAGACAGUCCUGUGGUCAGCACGGAGGGAGUCGUUGUGUUCGGCACUCGAUUGCUAGAUGAGGAGGUGUUUGAGGGAGACAUCCAGCAGCUACUGCUCGUGGAUGAUCCUCAGGCUGCGGCAGACUACUGUCAAGACUAUAUUCCUGAUUGUGAUAACACUUUGCCCUAUAGCACCCAGAGCCUGGACACUGAAGAGGCCCCUCCCAUCCAUAACCUUGAUGGUGUCAUGAAGGGAGAUCAGCCCGAGGAACUAAAGAAACGGGCCAAAAAAGAACGAAAGGGCAAAAAGAACAAAAAAAAGAGGGAUAAGUCGUAUAAGAAAGGGGGCAAAAAAGAAUCCCGGAAGAAGAAAAAGGAGGCAGAAGUUCUUGAAGAAGGUUUUCUGGAGGUGUCUUCUAAGCUCCCGGAGUUUUUCGCCCAAGAACCUCAGCAUGGAACUUUACCAGCUACAACAGAGCAACCUGCACCAACUACAACAGAGCAGCCAAAAUCACCUGUAGAAACUUCUGUGAUAACUGUUGACAAGAUGGACUCCAUACCUGACAUGCCUACUCAUGAACCUGAUGGUUAUCAGGAGGACUCCACUAUACUGCCCACUACGGUUCCUGUGUCAAAUCUUGACAACCAUUUUGUAUCGCUCCCUGCACUUCCUGAGUCCCCAAAGAUGGAGUUGGAGGAGGAGAGGCCGAUUAAAACACUAGAGGACGAAGAGUUUAGUGUAGACCUUUACAGCAAUCAGCAUGAUGAACUUUUGGUCUCCACUGUGACGGUUGGCCCUAAUAUUACAGAGUACGAGCUCACUGAGUAUGAUGACUUUAAAAAUGGCUCGGACAUCUUUGAGCAGGUAUAUGAAGAGUAUGAUGUUUAUGAGGACCACUUUGACCAAGCAGAGAGGGAGAAAGCAGGCACAUGGGAUGGAGAGGGCAGGGGAUUUGAGAAAGGACAGAAGGGAGAGCCAGCGGUCGUUGAACCAGGCACAUUUUUUGAAGGACUUCCUGGCCCACCAGGACCACCAGGUCUUCCAGGAAUCCCCGGCAUCACAGGCCCCCCGGGACCCAGUGGAGGCCCAGGUGAUAGGGGUCCUGAGGGACGUCCAGGCCUCCCUGGUGCUGAUGGGAUGCCGGGUCCUCCAGGCACUUUGCUGAUGUUACCCUUCCAGUAUGGAGGAGACUCUCAGAAGGGACCUGUGGUAUCUGCUCAAGAGGCGCAGGCUCAAGCCAUUUUACAACAGACCAAACUAUCACUGAAGGGCCCUCAAGGUCCAUUAGGUCUCACAGGGAGGCCAGGCCCAGUGGGUCUUCCUGGUCCCAGUGGACUGAAAGGGGACAGUGGAGAUAGUGGGCCUCUGGGACCACGUGGGUUGCCAGGUCCUCCGGGUCUUAAUGGAAAACCAGGGAAGAGGGGCCAGUCAGGAGCAGAUGGAGGUCAAGGGGUUCCUGGAGAGACAGGGGCAAAGGGUGACAGGGGCUUUGAUGGACUACCUGGUCUUCCAGGGAACAAAGGAUACAGAGGAGACAGAGGAAAACCGGGACCCCAUGGUCCAGCUGGCGAGCCCGGCCACAAGGGUUCGGAUGGACCUGUUGGACCAAGUGGACAACCAGGAGAACCUGGGCCAAGAGGACUUGUGGGGCCGAGAGGGCCACAUGGUCCACCCGGGCAGCAGGGAAUUCGAGGAGUGGAUGGUGUUCAAGGGGCAAAAGGCAACUUGGGGCCGCCGGGUGAACCUGGCCCUCUGGGUCAACAGGGGAACCCAGGCAUGCAGGGCUUCCCUGGUCCGCAGGGGCCUAUAGGCCUGCCAGGAGAGAAGGGCCCUCAGGGGAAAUCUGGAAUGCAAGGACUUUCUGGGAUUGAUGGUCCUCCAGGUCAUCCUGGAAGAGAGGGACCCCCUGGGGAGAAGGGACACCAGGGUUUAUCGGGAGCACAGGGGCCGGCUGGAUAUCCCGGGCCUCGUGGAGUGAAGGGCGCAGAUGGGGUGAGGGGACUGAAGGGUAGCAAAGGCGAAAAGGGUGAAGAUGGUUUCCCAGGUGGCAAGGGUGACAUGGGCAUCAAAGGAGACAGAGGUGAUAACGGGGCUCCUGGAAAUUGUGGUGAAGAUGGUCCAGAGGGCCCGAAGGGUCAGUCAGGCCCCUUGGGAGAGCAUGGACCCACGGGCAUUGCUGGAGAAAAGGGCAAACUUGGUGUUCCGGGAUUGCCUGGAUAUCCAGGCAGGCAAGGCUCCAAGGGAUCAGUGGGCUUUUCUGGAACAGCUGGGGUGGCAGGAGAGAAAGGGAAGAGGGGGCCUGCUGGACAACCUGGUCCAGAUGGUGAACGUGGUCCAAAUGGUUCACGUGGAGGAAGAGGAGCACGAGGGCCGACAGGGAAGCCCGGAGCCAAGGGCUCUGCUGGUCAUGAUGGCCCUCAAGGUGCCACAGGAGACUUAGGCCCUCAAGGGCCACAGGGACAAAAUGGAGAGCCCGGACCAAAGGGACCCAAUGGCCCUGCAGGAAAGGAUGGGUUGCCAGGUCAUCCAGGCCAGCGGGGGGAGCCGGGAUUUCAAGGAAAGACUGGUCCCCCCGGGCCUGCUGGAGUGGUUGGACCACAGGGAAAAACUGGGGAGACUGGUCCAAUGGGUGACCGAGGACAUCCAGGUGCCCCAGGACCCCCUGGAGAGCAAGGUCUGCCAGGCGUUGCAGGCAAAGAGGGAACCAAGGGAGAUCCAGGCCCAGCUGGACUGGCUGGCAAGAGUGGCCCUGUUGGUCGUCGUGGAUUCAGAGGAGAAAGAGGCUUGCCUGGCACUCCGGGGGCUGCUGGCCUAAAGGGUGGAGAGGGCCCCCCUGGAGUUGCAGGACCAGUUGGUGCCACAGGAGAGAGAGGGCCUCCUGGAACUGCAGGUGCCAUUGGUCAGCCUGGUCGUGCAGGAGGCGUCGGCCCUGCUGGCCCAAUAGGAGAGAAGGGCGAGCCGGGUGAUAAAGGUCCUAUUGGCCCUGCCGGGCAAGAUGGAGAACAAGGGCCUGUGGGAUUACCUGGGCAUGCAGGGUCACCUGGUCCACCUGGAGAGGAUGGAGAUAAGGGUGAGACAGGAGGACCAGGGCAGAAAGGCAGCAAAGGAGGCAAGGGAGAGGCGGGGCCCUCAGGGCCACCCGGGAGCCAAGGACCAGCCGGACAGCCAGGAUUACCGGGUCUGGACGGAGAGCCUGGGCCCCGGGGACAGCAGGGAAUGUUUGGGCCAAAAGGAGAUGAAGGAGCACAAGGUUUUAAGGGGGCGACUGGACCAACAGGGUUGCAGGGAAUGCCAGGACCUCCUGGAGAGAAAGGGGAGAGUGGCCAUGUUGGAUCUAUGGGCCCUCCAGGACAACAUGGUCCACGUGGCCCUCAGGGACCCAUUGGGGGAGAGGGUCCUCAGGGCAUGCCUGGUGGAGUGGGCCAGCCUGGAGUGGUGGGAGAAAAGGGUGAAGACGGAGAGGCAGGAAGUCCAGGAAAUCCAGGGGAAACUGGCCCAUAUGGAGGGAAGGGUGAGGUGGGUGAGAAGGGUGAUACUGGCCCCCCUGGUGCCGCAGGACCCCCAGGAAUCAGAGGCAUACCUGGAGCGGAUGGGCCAAAAGGAAAUCUAGGUCUCCUUGGUUUAUCUGGAGACGUGGGCCCCCCUGGAGAGCCAGGUGCCAAUGGUAUUGAUGGUGGACCAGGAGCGAAAGGGGAUAAUGGAGAUCCUGGUAAAGCUGGGCCCCAAGGAGCCUCAGGGGAGCCUGGCCCUCCAGGGCCACCUGGACGGAGGGGUCAUGUAGGUCCUGAAGGAAAAGAAGGGAAACAGGGGAAGAAGGGGGCAAAGGGUUCUGCUGGUGCUGAGGGUUCGACGGGGAAGACAGGGCCUGUGGGGCCUCAGGGACAACCUGGAAAGCCUGGUCCAGAGGGACUACGUGGCAUUCCAGGCUCUGCUGGGGAACAAGGGUUAAAUGGGCCCCCGGGACAAACUGGACCCCCUGGCCCUAUGGGGCCAGCUGGAUUACCCGGACUGAAAGGAGAUCAUGGCAUUAAGGGAGAUAAGGGUCAUGCUGGGCUUAUUGGACUGAUUGGACCUCCAGGAGAGAUGGGGGAGAAAGGAGAUCGAGGCCUGCCAGGAAAUCAAGGAUUUCAAGGCCCCAAAGGAGAUGGUGGUGUUGCUGGUCUCCCCGGCCCAACUGGCCCACCUGGACUCCCUGGGUUGUCUGGGGUCAUUGGUGAGAAAGGAUCUAAAGGAGAUGAGGGAGCAGUCGGUCCAAGAGGAGAUCCAGGAUCUGCUGGCCCACCUGGCCCACCUGGCCCAUCAGCCACCAUGAUCGAGCCACUGCCAAUCAGAGAGGGGCGUAAAAAGCGAAGGAGACACUCAAACCGACAAGGAGCUGGAGCUAGGGCAGAGUCUGAGGAGGAGGAAGUAAUUCAACUGAACAUGGAGGGCUUCCUACAGGCAGACCAGCCACUGAAUGACCCAGAAGGCAUGGAGGAGGUUUUUGCAUCACUCAACUCAAUGAAAACAGAGGUGGAGCUAAUGAGAAAGCCACUUGGGACCUUUGAGAGUCCCGCUCGCACUUGCAAGGAGCUGAUGUUGUGUCACCCAGAAUACAAAGACGGUGAAUAUUGGAUUGAUCCAAACCAAGGCUGCCACAAAGACUCCAUCAAGGUGUUGUGCAAUUUUAGCGCAGAGGGGGAGACCUGUCUGCACCCUGAUAAACGAUUUGAAAUGGUGAAGCUGGCCGCCUGGAACAAAGAGAAACCGGGCAGUUGGUACAGCCAGUACAGAAAGGGCAAGCAGUUCUCCUACAUUGACGUUGAUGGUAACCCAGUGCCUGUGGUGCAGCUGACCUUCCUGAAGCUCCUUAGUGCCACAGGCAAGCAGAACUUCACCUACACCUGCCAGAACUCCAUCGGCUGGUACGACUUGACCAGCCACAGCCACCAGCAUGCCGUGAUGUUCCGCGGAGGCAAUGACGAGGAGAUGACACAAGCCAAAUCAUCCUUUAUCACGGCAUUGUAUGAUGGUUGUCAGACACGUAAGGGUCAAGAGAGGACAGUGCUUCAGAUUGACUCUCCUCGAUCAGAGCUGCUUCCAAUCAUAGAUAUAGCAGUAUCAGACUUUGGAAAUAACAACCAGAAGUUUGGAUUCCACGUUGGACCAGUCUGUUUUCAUGGUUAACGCCAAGCACCUCAUGGCAAGACUUAGAAACUAAAGAAUCAAAGCCAAAAGCAGUUUUUAUUGUUUAUGUAAUAUGUAAGUGUGGGUUUGUGGCAGUUUUUAAAUGACUUUUGAACAUCUGAAUGGUUAAUGAAAACCCACAAUUUCCAUGGUGGCUAUUCAAGUAUGCCAGCGAGGAAGAACCAAGCACAUUUAUCAAAGGGAAGUCUUUCAUUUUUUAUCUCAUUUUCUUUCUUUUUUGUACUCACCUGUGGAUUCAAAAAUUAGGCAUGACCCUUCGGCAUUUCAAGAACUGCGCCAGCUGAAUUUGACAUUGACAAAAAAAUACAUCAUUUGAGUUUUGUAUGUCAUCUGUGCUAUAGACCAUUUUCGCCCACAGCAUAUUUGUUGAAUUUACCGCCCAUGUCGUGGAUUAUUUGUUUGUUUGUCUUAUUCGAUAGCAAUGAUUUUAAAUUAAUUUACCACUUGAGGGAUUGGCUUUCACAUUGAAGAGUAAAUAUUUCAAAAAAAAAAAAAAACAUUUUCCUGCCUUGACUGCAAUGUGAUGCAAACUGAGGUAAAUUUAUACCUCUUUACUAACUUUGACAAGAACCACCCCAAUCUGUUUGUAAUUCUCCACUUGAAUAUUCCCUGUCACAUCAAACUUGCAGUGUUACUCAUCUUUAAUCAGUGUACGCUCAUACAUAAACAAUGUUAAAUAAGGCCUGAGCUUUUAAAAAUGCAAAGCAGUGUGCAUGACUCAAAUGGAGCCCAGAUGCUUAUUAAUAUGUAAAGUAGUCCGCUCACUUAAGCUGCUUGUCUUGUUAGCGGGCCGCCUAGUAUGUUUUCCUGUCAGUGAUCCAUGUUUCCAUGGUGCUAGAGCGUAUCAACCUUUGCUCCACACAGCUCAGUUGGUUCAUAUGUACUGUAUGUGGUCGUGAAUGAGAAUGAUGUUGUUGCUUUGAGAGAGGAGUUUCAUACAAGCAUUACACUGAAGACUGACUAAAUUAUGCUUCCUUUCUGUGUAAACCCAAUCCAUAUGCAUUUAUGAUUAGUUCAAGUGCCUGACCAUCAACCUUUAGAGUGUUUUUAUUUUUUUGUUUUUCUUUGUAUAUGUGUUGAUAUGUUGUGUUGAUUGUUGUGUUCAAAAUGUGUGACAAUACUGUGAUGCUAUCUGUUUUGCUAUGUGUGAAUUGUUGUCUCGGGCAGAGGCAGGAAAAGGGAAGAAGACAUCUGUGGUGCUUCAUACUAAUAGACACUGGGAGAUAAAUUCUCUUAGAAAAAAAAACUAAUGCUGUAAUAUAUAGCCAAUAUGGUGCAAAUCUAGUGGUCGAGCGAUAUGGGUUUUUCAAUGGCCGCUACGAUGCCUAAAGAGCAGGUUGGCCUAUUAAAUGCUGACAUACACAAAUAUAUA